GUGUCUGUCUGCUCUGCAGAGUACAUUCAACUCGCCCCGAAUACACGCUCACUGUUUGACGCCGUGACCUAACCAAACGUAACCUAAGGGUCCUCGUUAAAUACAUCGCUUUAUCUCAGUCCGGAAGCGAUAGAAAACGUGUGACUACGUCGCUAAUGUAAAUGGCUAGCACAUUAAUAAUAGUGCGUUAUCUUUACGCGCGUCUCUCACUGGACGCUUUCACGUCAGGUGGUGCUGUCCAAGUAAUGAAGAGGUGAAUCCCCAGUCUACAGUUUUGGUACCUACUUGAGCACCGGCGUUCGAGUCAACCGAGUCAGCGUGGGUUCUCCGUGGCGUUUUGAGUGUCAGUAACUAAACUGACAUCUUCUUAUCAUGCCUGGCAAGAAAUGAAUCCUGAUUCAGCGCUCGGUUCACACAGAAUCGCGCGCGGAGAGAACUUUGCUUUGGAACUCUUGUGCGGUGGAAACGGCACGCGCCACGACAGCCCGCGGAGGAUCAACAACUUUCCUCAGAAGCAGCGCUAGCGUCCUUCCUAUGUCACCUCAAACCCUUCCAUGUCACCAAUUAUUGUUGCUUUAAUUGGACGAGAAUGUUUCAGAGACCGUGUCUGCUCAAACUCGGGGAAAACAUCGUUGGUAAGCCUUGAGAAGCGGAUAAUAAAUGACUUUUAUGCGCCUCAGACUCGCGUCCUCGCCAGGUGGACUGUGAAGAGACCGAAAGAGGAAUGUUUAUCCGAAAUUUAUUGCCGCUCAGUUUGGGUUUUUUGCCGUUUUUGUUAAGUCACUGUUUUCUCUCACUGUUUUUUCCGUUAUUUCAGUUUGCAAGAGGGGAGCUCCAGAAAUCAUGCUCCCGAACCACAGUGGCACCGCUGGAAGGGAGCUGCCAGUUGCCAUGCCAGUGUAGGCCCUACCCACCGUUACCCCCUCCACCCCCUCCUCCACCACCCCCGAGGCUCUUGGCUCCAACUGUGGCUCCCUCCACUGUAUCCCCCAUAACGCCAUGGAGGAGAGAGAUGGAGAUCUUAGUACUGGGGACAGUAAGCUGUGCAUCUGUGGUCUUCCUCCUCCUGACUGCCAUCAUUUGCUACAAGGCCAUCAAGAGGAAACCCCUUCGAAAAGAAGAGAACGGCACAAGCCGAGGGGAGUAUGCCAUGAGCUCACGCUGUAAACAGCAGGUAGUGGAAACCAAUAACACUGGAGUAUAGCGGCCAUGCUACAGCUGAACAUUCUGUACCCUACAGCACCACCAUCUCUGUUUGGGUUUAUGAGAUGGACACAAGGUAUCUUAUGAAUUUAGGAAUGGUAAAGCUCACGGCUGCCCUUCUUGGGACAUUAAUGAUGUUUAAAGAAAA